AUGCGGACAUUAGGUCAGCCUUUAACACCCCAACGGGUUUCUAAUCAAUACGUCGUGUUGAUCAUCACCACUGGUUGCACAUCACCUGGUUUCGAAACCCAUUUGGGUGCUGGCGAAGUUGAAGGUGUGGUCGAGUUGGCAGGAGAAAACCGUUUAGGCGACAAGAUUAAAUUAAAUCCAAUGGCCAUUUUCAAUUUCUGCCAGAUUAAUAUUUCCUCAACCCGUACUGAAAUGACCCUCUGCCUAACAGACGAAUGCAAGCCUGUCGAAGAAUUCGCCGUCGUCUUCUGGUGGAACCGACCUUCGAAUCCUCGCGUCAGCAUGAAUCUUCCAGUAAAACCAAUCGACAGCUGGUCAAGAGGAAUCCGCCGUCGUCUUCUGGUGGAACCGACCUUCGAAUCUCCUCAACCUAAUCGACAGCUGGUCAAGAGGAAUUCGCCGUCGUCUUCUGGUGGAACCGACCUUCGAAUCUCUUCACCCCACUUCUACUCGAAAUGA